AUGCCAAAACAAAAGGCAGCUAAAAUUGCACUACCAACAGAAAAGCAGCUAAAUCUUUAGCCAAUAAAAUAAGUUGCUCAAUCAGAGACUGAGUCUGAAACCUUAGAUGACUUCUCCGAUAUCAAUGAAUCUAUUAAAUUCUUUGCCCCAAAACCUCCUAUUUAUGAGGAUCAUAAGAUUAAACAGGCAAAAUUGAAAUAUAGACUAAUUGCAACAGGUGCAAUGUCACUUGCAACUCUAUUAAUCGUUGGAAUGGGUCACCUUUACUGUGUCAUACUUGUUAUAGGCCUUGCAUUCAUCAGUUACAAGGAAAUUAUGUCACUUAAAAGGAAAGAUGAGAAGGAUCAAAUGAGUAUUUUCUCUUGGAUUGACUGGUACUAUUUUGCUACAUUUACACUCGGAGUGUUCCCAUAAAUUUUGAUUAAAAACAAGCAAAUGAAAGAAUCAAUUGAAAAGGACUCAAUCUUGUCAUUGAUUCUUAUUUAAUACCACAAAAUGAUUGCAUUUUUCUGCUUUAUCUUUGGACUCUUAAUGUUUGUGAUGAGUUUAAAAAGAGGUUCAUUAAGAUAUUCCUUCACAAGAUUGAGCUGGACUUUAUUCUCACUAUUUAUAGUGUUUACUUUGCCAGCAUCAGCAUUCUAUAAUAUUUACAAAGGCAUGUUCUGGUUCUUUAUUCCACAUGCUAUCGUAGUAGUCAAUGAUUCAGCAUCAUUUUUGUUUGGCUAUUUCUUUGGUAAAACACCACUCAUAAUGCUCUCUCCUAAAAAGACUUGGGAAGGAUUCCUCGGAGGAUUAGUCACUACAUUUGCACUUACAUACUUCAUUAGUGAAUACUUUGCAGGUUUUUCCUAUAUGGUUUGCCCACAAACUAACAUUACUUUUGCUAUGAUUUAAGGAAUAUAAUGUGAUCUUCCUCAGACUUUCAUGAAAUAAAACUUCGAACUGCCAUUUGCUUUCAUGGGUUAUAAGCACAUUUUAAUUAGACCAUCCACUAUUCACGCUCUAACUUUUGCUCUAUUUGCUACAGUAUUCUCUCCAUUUGCAGGCUAUUUGAUAUCAGGAUUUAAAAGAGGUCUCAGAAUUGAAUCAAUUGGAAAUACUUUUGGAGAUCAUGGUGGAAUCAUGGACAGAUUUGAAAGGCAUGGAAUGAUGGCUGUCUUUGUUUAUUGUUACAUAUCCUCUAUUAUUUUUAGAUCAUCUGAUGCAAUGGAAAGAACCAUUAGUUUAAUUAGCACUCUAUCGCCUGAAGGAAGAAUAAAGUUGUACCAAAUGAUCAAUAGUACUGCCUUCAAUUAAAUUAAUGCUCUCUCAGCUUCCAUCAUAUCUAGAGCACUUUAAUGA